AUGCCAGCUGUGGCUAUCCAGCGAAACGUGUUUGGACAUGGCUCAAACGAGGAGGCGCUCCCCAAUCUCUCCCUCUCAACCUCUCCAUCCUCACCAAAAUCUAAUCUUCAUCCGCCCGUGCUGCCGGACAUUGACCUGACCGGAAAGAACUGUAUGCGGCCAAGCGAGGGCGAUGAAGCCGGAAGCGUCUCAGUCGCGACGCAAGCCAAACUCGCGACGUUUCACGGCCAGGGAUCCUCUAAGGUUACGCCCGUGACUUGCACGUUGCCACUUUCCGAUGGGAUGACAGCGGAUGCGAUCAGAUUCGACAAGACAAGACAAGAUUUUUUAGAGUCGAGAUCAAGGUUCGUAUCUGACGUUUCGAGAAUUCUCCGUGGUGACAUUAUUGCUGCGAUGCCAUUUGUGAGGAGAGGGAUGGUGGUGGAGGAGGAGAGUGAGGAUUGUUUAGAGUUUGGUGAUCGGAUGCGCUGGGGACGAGAUGCAGUGGAGGCCAGGCCAGGCCACUUACAGGGCUUGAAUCUUCAGUGGGUCAUUUUUAGAAUUAGGCUUGCGGCCUUCACCGCACCUGCAUGUCACCUACAGCACAGUGCCUCCCCUACCCUGCGAGAUGAAAAAGAUCGGAUCCUGUGCUUUGCUUCAACGGGCAUGUCACUUUGUAGCACACUGUACAGCCGACUUGACUAUCAAGGAAGAAGAAACAAUUGGCAACCUCAAGCAGUAUCAAAAGCCCACUAG